CCAUGUCCAGCGAGUACUGCGAUUUUAUUCUCUGUGAUUACAAUUUUCUUGAAUUAGCUCAACAUGUUGGCGAAGUAUGUGUGUGAAUUAUCAGAAGGGAUUUUGUUAAGAAACUGUGGCGGUAGCCUCUCCCAUUUUAGAAAUGGAUAUGAAGGCAUCCGUUUUCUAUUUUCACCAGCUGCUAUAGGAUUGGACAACUACAGCAGAAUGAGGGACAGAACAAAGACACAGUUUGUCAACCUGACUGAUAAAUUUAAGUCCAAAAUGUUGGAGUUCUCAGAUCCAAGUUCAACAAAUAUGAUUUUUACAGAAGAUCUAAAAAAUAUGAUCCAUUUGGCUGAAGAUUCAGGAGAUGAUUUAGAUUUAGUAUACAAGAUGAUGACAAGGUUUAACCAGCAAAACAAAGAGGUUAGGUUUGGAAGUUAUGUUUUUGGCCCAGUAAUUAUGAGAAUGUACUACUUCCUGAAUAAACCUGAUGAAGCCCUUAAGGUAUUUAAAGACCCUGCACUGGAAGGCUUCUUUGCCCAACUAAGUACCUACCAAAUCCUUAUGGACCUUUUGUUUGAAAAUGAAAGAUAUCAGGACAUUUUAGAUGUUUUUGAAAUUAUAAAAGGAAGACAACAUCAGGAAGCAAAGUAUCCGAAGAAUGUUGUGAUUCUAACAUUUGCAGCGUGUUUCAAGCUGAAUACUGAAGAGAGUUUUAAAUUUGGAUUGGAUCUGUGGAAAGAACUUAAGGAAGUUGGCCAUAUUCCUAUGAGAAGGGCUGUGACGUUUGCUGCAGGUAUGGCAUUAAACCAGAAUGCACCACACAUAGCUUUCGAAAUGAUAUCCGAUGUGCAGCAACAUAAUUAUGUCACUAUCAGAAAUCUGAAAGCAGCAGCUUUAGCUGAUAUAGGACGACCUGAAGAUGCUCUUCCUAUCCUUCGAAGCAUUCUUGAUGCUGAUGUUCCAUCUCAGCGGAAACAAACAUUCAGUGAAGAUGUGAUCCAGAAGUUAAAGGAUGCGAUAAAUAAGAAUGGAAGCAAGGACGCUGUAUACGAGUUUAAUCAGGUAGAAAAACGGCUAAGUGAAGGAGGACACAUCACAAAAGAGACCUUGAAUGAGCAGUUGUGUGUGCAGAUUGCAGAAACAGUCAGAAAUCAAUCCCAAGACAGGAAUCAGAGAUUUCUGGCAGCUAGCUUCGGUAGACAAGAUCUUGGUCGUGCAAGGACGUACGCGCGCCCAGGUUUAAAAGAUCUGUAUUGACUUGACCAUCACUCCGUGGUUAUGAUUGUUAAUUUUUGUAGGCAUAUUAGAUUUGAAGCUGUAAACAGUGUUUUGUAUCUUACAGUAAAUUAAACAUGUCACUUUACUGUCAUCAAGUAAUAAACAUCAGUCCUGACUGUUCUUACCGAGA